CUGUGCCAGACGUACCCCGCGCACGACGGUGCGUCUCGGGUGAUGCAUAUGACAGGUGGAAGGACAGUCUUGGACUUUGCCGAUCGCACGAUACGGAUGGGGUGUCCGUCCACCACGGAUGCUGCUGCACGACUUAUCUUCAACGGGACCUAUAGGUUUGGGCCCUAUCGGUCUGAUCAUCUACCCGAGGACGUGAGCAAGAGCCAUUACCGCCCAUCUCCUGCACGGACAUGAACGCUUUCGCUGUACAUGAAAAGCUUACAGCCACAGGAUCUUACGACGGCACCUCGCAGGUCCCGCAUAUCGUGCCUAGAGCGCUUCGAAGCAUAUGGCCUGAUAGAACAUGGGCCCAUGAAAUGUGCUGUGUGCUGCGGUAACGAGCGCGCCUGCGUCUCUGGCGCACUGGGACGCACCUCGACAAAAGCCCAUCCCGGCACCCUCGAUCACACCCUCCGUGUCCGGGAUAUGAAAACGGGCCGAUAUAUGCAUGCAUUGACAGAGCACACCUCGCUCACCGGCGUACUCAGAUCAUCUCCUCGGCACUUCCGCUGAUUCCGAUAAUUGUGCGCAUCUGGGAUCCACGCACCACCGCGGUCGUCCAUGUUCAUAUGGACACUGACCCCAUGGCUGCGGCCACCGUGACGG